AUGUUUGAUUUAAGUCUUAACACAUUUUUUUCCCCGGAUUGGGCUGAAUUCUUUGGCUCGCUCAGUGUAGCUGACGUGAUUGCGGGAAUACCAGCCUUUCUUGUGUUUUACACAGUUCUACCUAGUGCUAUAUAUACGGCGCGACAUAGAAGCAGUAAGGGAAAUUGGUAUGUUCCACCAGAACCUUCUGAUGAAUCACCUUCGAUGCAAGCCAAAUUGUAUAUUGCACAAUAUAUAUUUAACCAUCCAGGACCAGAAAUUUUUGUGACAGGAGCAUUGUUAACUGUAGUGUUAAUUACUGUUGUCAUAUAUCAUUUUGAGAAUAUUGGAAUUGUAAAACCAGCGAUCCCUCUAUCUGUUUUAUGGGGAACUACAACACUCACUACUUUAUAUUAUACAACCUCAACUCAUGAUAUUUCGCAUGAAAUAUACCUCGUGUCUAGCCUGUUAAUGUUUAUGUUAGAAUGGGCUUCUCCAAGGACACCCACGAUCACAACCACUCCUACGAAUCCUGUAACCACGCAAUAUAACGUAACUCUUCCUGCAACUCGAUCUACAGAAUCCAACCAUUCAAAAUCAGAAUAA